AUGGCUAGUAUUGCUACCACAGAGGAAAAGCAUCUCGAGCCUCCGUGGGGAACCUCAGUCGAAAGGACCGAGCGCAUCGAUGACAGGCCGAGUGACUUCCUCGAUCCACACCGAGCAGCUCUGGAAGAAAAUCCUGAUCGUGCCGAAAGACCAUCUGCUCGCACUAUUCUUGCCGUGGUGUUCUUGGCAUUAUCCUAUGUUUGUCCAAUUGCGUGUGGAUUUGCACUCCCUGUCGCUCUGGUUGAACAAAUCGGUCAAGAUCUUGGAGACCCGACUAAAAUUACUUGGCUAGUGGGAGGUUGGUCUAUCGCAUCAUCUGUAUCCUUCUCCGUAGCGGGUAGUUUCAGUGAUAUCUUCGGACGACGGUGGACUAUACUCAGCGGCCAGGUUUUUUGCUUGAUCGGAGCGAUUGUUGCAGCCACAGCAAGCUCAGUUACUAAUAUUAUUGCUGGGUCAACAUUCCUGGGAUUUGGCGGAGGCAUGAUUUUCGUUGCUUACGCCGGCGUAUCCGAAAUUCUUCCUAACAAGUGGCGCGGCACCGGCCUAGCGGCGAUUGAACUUGCAAUCAAUGUGUACUUUGGCUCCAGGCCGUUUGGUAUACCUAGUGUACUGAUUGCAACGAGCGUGAACGCUCAUACUGCUCUCAAAUGGCGCUGGUGCUACUAUUGGGGUUUAGUCUCCUGUGUCGUCAGCUCAGUCGGAGUAUUCACAUUUUACUUUCCACCCCCACGGCCACAGUACGAUAUUGAAAGAACCAGAUGGCAAGAGUUAAAAGAUAUAGACUUUGUUGGCCUCAGUCUAUAUUUAAGCGGGUUGACUACCUUCCUGAUAGGAUUGACCUGGGCUGGUGGGGCCGGGCAUCCAUGGCGGAGUGCUUCUGUCAUUAUUCCCGUAGUAAUGGGGUUCACGGUACUCCUUUCUGCCUUUGUUUUCGAUUUUGUAUGGGCCAAGCAACCGAUUUUUCCCUUGAAGAUAUUUAAGAAAUUCAGGGAAUACACAGUUCUGCUCGGCAUCACAUUUGUGGCUGGUGAUCCACGCUCUUACGUUGUGAUCGCUAAUAUACAUGCUGGCAUCAAUUUCUACUCAUUAAGCGCUCUUCUCCCGCAAGGCUCCCUAUUUAUGUAUACCAAUAACCCAAUUCAAAUCGGGUUGAUUGCACUACCUAAUGGAGUCUCUCAGUUCGUGUUCGGGGCCAUGGUCACUGCACUCUUAGGUAAAUUCAAGCGCCUAAAACUUCAAAUGAUUACAGCAUGCACAAUACAGACUAUAUUCUGUGCUGUAUUGGCCACUAUAGUUCCAAAGAACGUAUAUGCCUGGUCCGCAUUGCAGGUCUUCAUACUAGGCCCUUUCUCGUGGAUUGUAGUCUUAUGCUACGUCGCAGCUGGUGUAAAUAUUCCAUUACAAUAUCUGGGUCUAGCAUUGGGUCUCAUUGGCACAUUCCGAAGUAUGGGCGGUAGUGUAGGAAACGCGAUUUUCAACACUAUACUGAACGGUGUUGUGAACAACAACUUGGGUAGCGCUAUCGCGAAAGUCGCUCUUUCAACCGGACAAUUCGAUCCAGCAAACAUCAGCUAUCUGAUCGGCGCGACCAUCAAAAAUGCUGCCGGUGUCCCUGGCGCGUUCGCCACAGUUCCUGGGAUCACUCCUGCAGUUGAGGCUGCCUCGAUUCAGGCACUUCGAGAUGUAUAUGCGAAGGGGUUUAGAAUGAUUUCGUACAGUACUAUCCCUUUUAAUGUAAUUGCCAUUGUAUUGGCUUUGAUCAUGUUCGAUCCAUCAGAGUACCUUACCAAUCAUACCGCGGUGCGAUUGGAAACCGAGCAUAAGAGGAAGAAGGAUGUUUCUGAGAGUAACAGCUGA